GGGGACCUCGUCCUGGACGGCUCCAGCACCCUGACGCUGCUCACCCCCACCCUGCAGCACCUCACGCAAGUCUUCGAGCAGCACCUGGGCUCCCGCAACCAGAACCGGGGCUUCGUGGCCCUGCCCUCGCACCCCGCUGAGACCGCCGCCAUCCUCCAGGCGCAGUUCCUCUUCGACGUCCUGCAGAAGACGCACUCCCUGAAGCUCGUUCAUGUUCCAAACUGUGUUUUGCAAUCUGCUGUGAAGAUCUUCCCAUUCAAAUCCCUCAGACAUCUGGAAUUGAGAUCCGUCCCUCCACACUGCCUCCGGGGUCUGCGAUUUGUCUAUUCUCAGCUGGAAUCUCUAACCUGUUGCAAAUGUAUCAGUACGCUGGAGGAAAUCAUUUCAGCAUGUGGUGGAGAUCUGAGCUGUGCUCUCCCGUGGUUGGAAUUGCAGACCGUGAACUUCAGCUAUAACUCGAUCACUGCCUUGGAUGACUCACUGCAAUUACUGAAUGCUCUGAGAGUCUUGGAUUUGAGUCACAACAAGAUCCAGGAUUGCGAGCACUAUUUAACGACCCUUUCAGAACUAGAAUACCUCAAUCUGGCUUAUAACUUCCUGUUCAGGGUGCCAAACCUUGGCAUCUUCAGCCGAUCCAAGCUGGUGACUCUGAUCCUCCGGAACAAUGAACUUGACAGCAUUAAUGGGGUUGAACAGCUAGUGAAUCUGCAGCACCUGGAUGUGACCUAUAACCUGCUGCUGGACCAUGCCCAGUUGGCACCACUGUCCACUCUGCACUACCUAAAAAAACUACAUUUAGAGGGAAACCCAUUAUGGUUCCAUCAAAACCACCGAUCUGCAGCCCUUGUACAUGUGUCUCCCAGGGCAGCCUCCUCCAAUUUCCUCUUGGAUGGGGAGCCACUCUCUUCCUCAGACCUAAUGCACCUUCCAAGACUUGUGCAAAGCGUGUCACAGUCCAUCCACACAUCUACCUCAGAGAAGACCAUACUGGACCGCAGUGCUCUGGACAGUUCCUGUGCUGCAGACUUCAGUGACAGUCAGUCCCCAGCAGAGAAUGUGGCUGUCAGGCUCCCUCGGAAGAAAAACAAGGGAAAAGUCAAAGUGCGGAGAGCGAGCAUUUCAGAGCCCAGUGACACGGAACAUGAGCCCCAGGCUUUACCUCUCUCUGUUGGCCUGGUCCUACAGCAUCAGAAGGAGAUGAAGCGCUUGGACAGCUUCAGAGAUCGCUUUGGUGUUGACUGGCUGCAGUACAAGAGACACCUGGAGGAGCAUGACCAAGUACCUGCCAUCUGCCGUAGCCGUUCUGCAGAUGAGAUCGCAGGCAAGCCUGCUGCAAUGGACUUGCAGAGUGAGAGCUCUGACCCAGAGCAAGGAAAACACCAAGUAUCCCAGAAAGAAUCAUCUCCUCCUUUGGAUGAUACUGAGAAGAAGGAAGAGUCUGAAGCACAGCUGGAUGAACCUGUGGAAGGAGAAGAGAGAGAAGAGGAGGCGGAUGAGCUAAUGCUGGGGGAGGAGGAGGAAGAGGAGAAGCCAGAAGUGGACCUUUGCCAACCAGUGCUGGUGAGCCAAAUAGAAGGUGAAGGGGACCCAGAGCCAGACUGGAUCUUUCUGCGAGUCACAGCUAAGCAUGUGAUUGAGGUGGAACUGAAGGCUGCCAGAGUCCUCCGCAAGCUGGAGCUGAAAUGCUUGCAGAAGGUGGAGACCUCUGAGAUGAACUGGAAGAGGAUGGACCUGGAGCAAGUUUUCCCUGUCCUCACAUUGCACUUCAGCUACAUUCGCAAGGACCGGCAGAAGCGCAAAUACGUGGUGCUCGACGACUGCCCAGAGCAGUGUCUACAGUGUGUCCUUGAAGUGCUGUCCCCAGCUCUUGAGGAAAAUCGGCGAAAUCAGGACCAGGAGAAGGGAUCCACCAAGUUUCAGUGCCUGAAAUGCAAGCAGGAGUUUUCACAGCCCCUGGCUCCCUGGCAUCAAGGUUCCUAUCCUUCAGAGGUUGGAGAUGCCAGAAUCCUGGAGACCCUCGUUGCCUCAGACCAAGAUGCUACAGCAGCUGGUGAGCCCAUAGCCUGUCCCAGUUGUUCCAGUGACCAUGUGGUCAUCCUGCCUUCAGAGGUGUGCUCCAGCACACCGGUGCCACCUGGCCCUGAUAGCACGAGUGAGGACCUAUCCGACUCUGUCCUGGAGGGAGGCAGCCAGCAGGAGGGCCCGGAGGAAGCAGGGGCCCUGGCCAGCGAGAGCGGGAAGUUCUACAUCGGUGAGGAGGACAGCUCAGAGAUGGAUACCAGCAACAGCACCAGGACCCCAGAGCUGAGUGGCGAGCACAACGGCACCCUCCAUUCCAGCUCCCGCAGUUCAGGUGGGGGCUGCGGGAGGAAGGAAUUGGGCAUGAAGAGCCAGCACCCAUCCCUCAGCCACACAGACACCAACGGGGGCAGCUUGGUGGGGAGCUACCGUUACAGCGUUUCUCGUGGGCCCACUCCUUCCCAGCUCUCUCUGAACUCCGAAUCCGAGGAAACCUGGAAUCUCAGUCCCUCUGUAAAUGGCAUCCUGAACACGAGGGACUUCCGCUCUGUGGAUCAUCGCCUGAAGCUAUACCUGGAUAUGGAGGUUUUUGAGGAGAACGCUGAGGAGUUCCAGUGCUUCCUCAAGGUGGUCCUGGUGAAGUUUGGCCAACAAGAAGAGUUCCUCUCAAUCCUGGUUGCCUCUGAUCUCAAGAUUUAUGUGCUGGAAGUCACUGGGGUUAUCAGGGGACAACCUGCAGACUGGCUAAAGAAGAAUGACUCUCACUACCUGUCUGAUAUUUCCCAUCUGGAAGUGGGACUCUGCCACCAGAGCUUGCGAAUGGAGUUUGAGAACCCAAAAGCCUCCUACAGUCUGCUGAUCCGGAACCGAAGCUGCUGUGACCAGUUCCUGCAGACCCUGACAUAUCUCAUGCAAGAGCUGCCUGCUAAGCACAGGAGUAAGGUGAAGGAAAUCCCCACUGUGGAAAUGAAUCCACAACAUCAGCUAUGGCCUCUGCUGGACUCCAGGACCACAGAUUCUGCAGCUGCAAAUGACACUUGUUUCUUCUACCUGCUGGCCUACCUGAUCCAAGAGUAUGGUGCCCCAAACUGGACACAGGUCCAGCUGAGGCUUCACUGCCAAGUAAACAGGACUAAUAAACAUCCUACUUCUGAUAUUCCUACUAAUUCCCAAGAGCUCUCAGCAAAGCCUCUCCUAUUCCCUCAUAUCCUUUUAGGGGCAUCUGCCUUCCCUGUGACCCUGCUGAGCACCCAAAGUAUGCUGUUUCUGCUGGAGGAGAAUCACCAGUGGCAGGUGCAGCCCUCCUUGGAUGCAGACCAUGAGGCAGAAACGCCUCCCAGGAGCAACAUCCAGUUGAAGGAGAAGCAGCCGAUCAGCAGUAUUAGCAAUGUCAUAACCUAUCGCCUCUGCCCGUGUGACAUCAAGCUGAUGCUUUACGAUGAGGUGCUGAAGGUAGAGAGCACUUGGCACAUCCGCACGGAGUGCCCUGAGCUCCUGCUAGAGCUGGUGGAGUGGAUCCGCGGGCCCUGGGAGGAGAUGUUCUCGAUCAAGCUCCGGAGGGCUGUGUACGAGGGACUGGAGUGA